CCUUCCAGAAAGAGCUGCAUCUCUCCACAGAUCGCCCAUGGUAAGCUAAUUAACUCUAUCGGCCACCCCGUACUCGGUCUCGCUUCUCGCUUCUGCGGUAGCGCUGAAUGUACUAUGAGAGACAUAUAAGUAGAGGUUAAUCCGUCUGUACUGCUGCCAGUCAGUUACAAUUCAAUCCCUCCAAUAUCCCCACAUCAAAAUGAAGUUCUCCAUCCUUUCCGUUGCGGCCUUGAUGGCUACCGCCACCGCCACCGCCAUCCCCACGCCUGCCGAAGCCCUCUCUGUUCUUGAGGCUCGCGCUGGAGCUUGCACCAACGCCGGUGUCGACAAUCUUCUCCUCCAUACCUCCAUUGAGGACUUUGAGAAGGCCCGCAACGCCAAGAACCCUUCUGGCUGCGACUGGUCCUCUGACAACUGCUCUUCUUCUCCCGACAAGCCUGACGGCUACAACUUCAUUCCUAGCUGCCAGCGUCACGACUUUGGCUACCGCAACACCAAGAAGCAGAACCGCUUCAAGGAAAUGAAGACGAAAAUUGAUGACAACUUCCACAACGACUUGUACAAGUACUGCUCCCAGUUCCACGGUCUGUCGUCCUGGAAGGGUGUCGAGUGCAGACGUCUUGCUGAUAUCUACGUUGCUGCCGUUCGCAAGUUUGGCAAGCGUGAGGAGGACGAGGUGGAAGAGUCUGAGUAAUUAUCAGACCUUGUAAAAACGAAUUGGUAACGCUCGGCUACAUGAUUGUAGUUGCUAUCCGGUAUGCCAGUGGUUCCUGGGGCAAUGCUAGACGAGUGUAUACAUAGUACAUAAAUAAAAUUUCAG